CCAGAACCGGGACAGAACCAGCGGCGUGUGUUCAUCUUAACUCGACUUUUCAAACGUACCGGAUGGAGCUGGACCUGUGAGCACCUGCCUCGCGACAAAGCGGCGGUUGAGAUCUCAGAGGCGUUACCGGCGGCUCCACGGAGCGGUCCCGUCAUGGCCCACAGCGGCUCCGGGUCGCUGCUGUGCCGGCGGAACGCGCGGCUGGACUCGUUCCUGCAGCGGAAGCUGGAGCGGAGGGUGUACGAACGGAUCCGGGCUUACGAGCCGUGCGUGGUGCUGUCCGAGUCCAUCAACAAGGUGUACAUGCACGUGGUGCUCAGCGACGAGUGCGUGUACCUCACCGAGUACUCGCCACGCACUCUCACGGCAGCCGUUAGCUUCAGGCGCGUGCGUUACAUCGAGCUGGUGAACGACAUCCCAGAUUUCCUCAGUGGGAAGCAUCAGGAACGCUGCCAACACAUACGGAUCGUCUACGUCACCAAAAAACCUGCAGCGAAGCAACGCAAUUGGUUAAAGAGAGCCAAGAAAGAGGGCCUUCCUCCUGCAGCCCCGUCCUCUCGCCGAAACAGCCACUGUCCUGAAAUAACAAGCACAUUACAAGGAUUUUCCACAGAGAGCAGCCAAUGGAGGAAGGAGGAGCUCCCCCCAGUGUUAAAGCACACCCGCUCAGCCUCGUGCCCGAACCCAGAGACUCUCGGCCUCACGAGAGUCCCGCAGCCUCCCCCCUUUUACUCCCCCUUAGUCUCACCUGCCUCAUCGCCAUUGCUCUCAGAGAAAAGCCUGAAGACCCUCGAGAGUGGUCAGUUACAAAGGAGGAUCGGUUCGGUCCUGUCACGUCUGCUGAGACGAGGCUGCGUGGACAGCGAGGAGGAGUGGGAGGCGGAGCUCCACCUGUACGCCGUCUCAGAGAAGUCCAGACUUUACCUCCACCUGCAGAGCUUGUGGAACAGCUUCAGUAUUAGGUCCACCCUUUUGUUAGAUCCGCUCUACAGAAGGAGGAACUGCGUUUCAUUGUCUGCUGCUGCCAUCAGCUGGGAGCGGACGGCUCACCUGUUUGGCCAGCUGAGCUCCGAGCUCCUGCAGGACGGGAGCAGCGUGGAGAGUAUGUACCUGCUGCUGCAGGAGCUGAGGACCGCCGCGCACCGCAGCGUUACCCUGCGCCGGCUCUUCUGGAGGUCCAGUGAGGUGUGUACUUUCCUGCUCUGCACUCUGGAGGGAUGUCUUCACGGCCGCCAGAGCCUCGGUGGACUCUACACAGCAGAUCAGCUCCUACUGAGCUCUCUGAUCGUUGACACGCUCGCCAUCAUGUUCAGAGAGACGGAGGUCGAAGCUGCCAGACUCAGCCUGCUCUCUGCCAAAAAAGGUGCUCUGGCCUCCCGAAUGCUGCUUGCCUUAAUAUGUGACCCUCAGCCACAAACUCACAGCGGAGGAUUUCUGACGUACUCAGAGCUUCAGGCCUUACUCCCUGAGUAUCUGGACACCGCCGCCUCUCUGCUCUUUGAACUGCUGCUCGUAGGCCACGUGACCAGCAGGUGUGUCUCUGCUGAAAACUUCCUGUCUGUCGGUUGGAUCCUCAGAGUCCUGCAGCCUCAUCCCCACCUGGUAAAGGUCUCAUCAGAUUUAACUGUGAUUUCUGUCAGAAUGAUAAGAAUUACUCAAACGCUGACCCUCUCCGUCCCCGCAGCUCUCCUUCAUUGGUUACCAGGUCCAGCAGGUGGUGUUGGUUCUGACGGGCCUGCAAGUGUCGGUCCCCAGUCCCGUUCAGUCCGUCCUGCUGUUCCAGCGCCUCAACCUCCUGCUGGCCUGUCUGCAGUACAACAGCCAGCUGGCUCAGCACCUGCGCUCGCAUUUCAGAGAGGAGUUCAGGUAUGCUCAAGACAGCCACAACAGUCACUAAGUACAUACGUGCUCAUGUUAACUUCUUAUUAUAAAGAAGAAAUGUGUAAAUGCUCCAAAGUCUGACAGCUCAGAUCUGUUUUGGUCCUGCAGAUACUCUGUGAUGCCGUCGGGCUCUGAAGUGAAGCUGCCACCUCACUAUCCUAUCAGCCGACCCACUCUGAGACUUGUCGAGCACAUUCGAACUCUUAUGCUGCUCAGGUGACUGAACACCAGCGUGCUCCUAGCCUUCACUUUACACAAAGGCAUCCUCAGGGAAGGAAGCAGGAUUUGGAGUCCUCGGGAUGCUCGGCUUAAAGUUUCUGGAUUAUUAUAUAUCACAGACAUCUUACUGUUAGACAGAGAGAUGGAGAUAUAUGCUUGGCCUGUAAAGACUGUUCAAAUGAUGUGCACUCCUAAUAACCUGAAGCGGUUCUCUGACAGUCCAUCAAGUGGUGCGGCUUCGUAGCUUAGCAAAGUCGGACUGAAACAUUAGACAGAUUUUCGAGC